AUACGUGGGGAAUCUGUCGAGAGAUGUGACCGAAGCCCUGAUCCUCCAGCUGUUCAGCCAGAUCGGACCGUGCAAAAACUGCAAAAUGAUAAUGGACACAGCUGGCAAUGAUCCCUACUGCUUUGUGGAGUUCUAUGAGCACCGGCACGCGGCUGCAGCGCUGGCUGCCAUGAACGGCCGGAAGAUAAUGGGUAAGGAGGUCAAAGUGAACUGGGCGACCACCCCCAGCAGCCAGAAGAAAGACACCAGCAACCAUUUCCACGUCUUCGUCGGAGACCUCAGUCCAGAAAUUACAACUGAAGAUAUAAAAGCAGCUUUCGCGCCGUUCGGCAGAAUAUCAGACGCGCGGGUGGUCAAGGACAUGGCGACGGGGAAAUCCAAAGGAUACGGCUUCGUCUCCUUCUUCAAUAAAUGGGACGCAGAGAACGCAAUCCAGCAGAUGGGCGGUCAGUGGCUGGGUGGAAGGCAAAUCAGAACCAACUGGGCGACGAGAAAACCUCCGGCUCCAAAGAGUACCUUCGAAUCAAACGCCAAACAACUCUCCUACGACGAAGUGGUCAACCAGUCCAGCCCCAGCAACUGCACGGUGUACUGCGGGGGUGUCACGUCGGGCCUCACAGAGCAGCUGAUGCGCCAGACCUUCUCCCCCUUCGGACAGAUAAUGGAGAUCCGAGUCUUCCCGGAUAAAGGCUACUCCUUUGUACGGUUUAACUCUCACGAGAGCGCCGCGCACGCCAUCGUCUCCGUCAACGGGACGACCAUAGAGGGCCACGUGGUGAAGUGCUACUGGGGCAAGGAGACGCCGGACAUGGUCAGCCCGGUGCAGCAG